AUGGCCCAGCGGUUGUGCCCAAGUCGACCAACGGUGCUCGAUGUCGACGGCGUGCCUGUCACCAUUCUCCAGUACAUGUCGGAUGCCGACGAUGUUGUCUCAUUUGUGCGAGCGAUGCCGCUAGCCAUGCGCACGCCAGCGUUGACCGCGCUCCUCGAGCUGUUGGAAAUGUCGGGUGGCGCCAAGCACUGGCCCACACCAUCACUCUACAGCGCUACCUACGACGAGAUCGACUGUAUCGGCGCCGCCAUCUCGCUUUUCAACUCUGCGUGCAUCAACGGUUUCUGCUUGAGCAAACACUGGCCAGCAAGUGGCGACCCUGCCUUUCGACUGCCCUUCUGCAGCUUUAUUGCGAUGUGGGCCACCAAGAUGACGACCGUCGACAUGAGUGACCUCCAAUUCCCCACAUACCGCGAUGAGUUUUGCCGCAUGCUCGCCCGUUGUACAAGCCUCAAGCGCGUGCGCAUCCCGACCGAGGACGACUUACUCGAAGCCGUGACAUCGUCCGCGCACAGCGUGGCAGAGCUCUCCCUCGCCCCUCCUCACGACAAGGAAAACUUUCCGCCUCGCGCCAUCGCGGCGUUGCAGCGCUGGCUUGCGUCUGGCCACGCGCGCCGCUUGAAACUUGCUAGAUUCAGUGUCCCGAUUGACGCUGGUUUGCCGCGGGGCGCUCGCGCCUCACCGACACUCACAAGCCUGCGUUGA